AUGGACACGAUCAUGGCCUGUCUCAGUCCUUGUUUUAAGACUCAAGAGCCCCCGGCCGAGACCUCUUCCUUUGACACCAAGCAUUCUAAUAAAGUCCGAGCAAGACUCGGCAAGCCACUCAAGCCGAUCAAUACACCAAUCGAGAUGGUAGCAUCACCCGCUGCUGCUUUUGACCGAUUCUCGCCCAUGUCGCCGAGGCCAAAAGCGGCUCCAUCAGUGCCGCCUGCCACGACACCGCUCACGGCCACUGAGCUUGGUGAACUAUUCGAUAAGGUAGACGAGACUCUGUCUGGGCCAAAUAUACAUUACGCGAUAUGUGGACUUGCUGCCAUGAUAGCCCAUGGCUUGACCGGACGCGGAGCGAAUACAGUAUCCAUACUAGUCCCAGAAGACUCCAAAGACGUAAUACGGCCGUGGGUCUUAGCCGGCGGCAACAUGGUCACAAAGAAGGAUUCCACACCACACGGCUUCGAAGUUCUGAUGAGCAACGGUACUACUAGGGGGAUCAAAAUUAGGUGGAUAGAAGGGGCGGCAUUCGAGAAACUGGGCAUAAUUCGGUCCCAUAUGGGAUCGCGCUCAGCCAGGAUGCUCACCUUGGCCAGCUGUCUCGAGCAGGUGGCCAGCGCCUUUCUCAAGGAGUGCAGGGGCGGCAAGCCACCGACGCCGAGCAAGCACGUGGACACCAUUGUCCAGGACAUUCGUGGUGCUCUGGAGAGCGCCACCGUCCACAAGACGUCAUUGGACCCGGCAUAUCUCGAGCUAUUUCUGAGCCAUCAAUUCUGGUCGCCAUACCACGCGUACAUGGGCGACGAGCGGAUUUCCGAAAUCAUGUUGCUCUGCACCAGGGCCCGGCUCCCCGUCGCCGAGGCCCUCGCCGAGGCUAGGCGCCACAGCGAGGUCCGACAGCACGACGCGCUGCUGAGCCAGUACGGCGUGCAGCCCAUGCUCGGCGUCGUGGAACAGCAGCCGGGCGCUUUUCACAAUAUGCGGACUCUGGGCCGCGAUACCGUGCCCAGCACGUACACCCUCAAGUCCAAGGAGUCUCGGGGCAGUAGUGAUUUGCUCCCGUCGCCGACGGGACGGUCGCUCACGGCCAAGCCGCGGCCGAUGCCGAGCCCGCUGGGUCGGGGGCCUUUGUCGGCUCGGGAGAGCGGGCCGUCGCAUUCGCGGAGCUCUAGCUCGGUCCGCGUGCCUCAGGAUAAAUCAAAGAUGAGGGAGAGUCUGGAUCUUGUUGACGCUCGGAGUGGAAGACCGGAUGGAUGGAUGUAG